AUGUCGACACGGACCCCUGUCGGACCCCCUAGAUUGAUGAGCCCCUAUUUUAAACUGCUUCAUCGAUUCUUCGAGCCUCUGGUAUUGCUGCGGGUCUUGGGGAAAACGCGGGGACUACACAGCACGAUUCCAAAAGAGUACGGCACGCCUUCCUACUGGCGUCGGGAUUUCCUUGAAAACCUCUCCUACCUCUGCGAUCACACGAAAGGGGGCUCCACUACCACAGCGAUUGGGCUCGAAGAGCGUGACGACUGCUACGUAUUCUGGGUUGCCCACAAUGAGCAAAAGUCCAGCAAAAUCAUGCCGUUCGUGGAAUCUGUACUGGAAGAUGUGCGCAGCUUCCUCUCUCUGCCACAAGAUAAGAGGGCAUCUGCCAUGCGCCAGUUAAUCGACAAGUGCAUUGAAUUUGCAAAUCCCAGAGUCAAGAAGGAAGUUAAAAUCCUAAAAACUAAUCUGGCCCAAAGCAAAAAGUUCCUUACCGAAACGGGCUCCGCGGCUGAUCUGGAGCUUAAAAAGUGGCUAGAGAUGUUUGACGGAGACAACGACGCAGAAAUAUGCUGCUUGGCGUACCGUAACAGAAGAUCUCCACAGAUGACCGAUCUGAAGGAACGAAGUCAUGCCCGCAACGAAGGGUCGAACCAGACGGACCCAGAGAAAGCAUUCGGCGACACCAGACACUUUCUGGGGCGACUCGGUUCCCACUUCGGCGCACCAAUAAAAAUCAUCAAAAGUUCUUUGCAACUGAAGACCUUGUUUGACAGUUAUUUCGUCCGGACAGUCGAGUCCACGCCUCCCAUCCAAAGCCUCCAACCGGACAAUCAAACAACCCUUCGAGGCAUUCUCCGCCGCAUGGAAUCAUCCAUGGAAUUGGACAAAAACCUCUACGAAGACGCACUAAUGUUCAUGAACGACAAAUUCGGAAUCGAGGAAAAAGUCCUAGAACAGUACGAGCAAGCCAAGCCCUGCGUCCACGCCGAAAUCCAAGUCCUGGAGCACUUCUACUUGAAGAAUUUGGAAUACGCCAGCGAUGAUCGGUACAUCGGCUGUAGCAAGCCGGCAUGCUACUGCUGCCUGCUCUACAUCCGCCAUCACCCAGCUCGAUGCGUCGAGCCGGGAUCCCACAACAACAUCUAUCUCAACUGGAGCCCGCCGGCGCUGAAGUUCACCAAUGUGCAAGACCAGAAGUACAUACAGCAGCGCAAAGUACUGCAGAAGAUGCUUGAGACUAUUCGUAAGGACGCACUUGAUCAGAUCAAGCAGAGGGAAAUUUCAGUAUUUAAGCAUGCCGAUUCUCAGACGGGUAUUACGGCUUCGGUGAUGUCUGAUAUGAGGCGGACGAAUAGGCAGAAUUCGCUCGAAGAGGAUUUUGCGGGGUUGGGCAUUGACUCGGCGGACUUGAAGGUCGAAGUAAAUGAUAUGGACAAUCCUCGAUUCGAGGAGUCAUUUUCCGACACCGAAUCUUCUCCAAAUGAGCAGAGUGAUGGUUCUUCGGGUUGGGUUCCGGCAUAUAGCCAAACGGCCCAGGAUGAUGAGUCUGACUCUGAAGGGGGCGCUUCUUUGUAA